AUGCUGACUUGCAGAGAACUGGAUACAAAAGAAGCAACAAUUUUUAUCACAGGAUAAGAGAAUUUUAACAUAUUGUGAGUGAUAAACUACGAGUACAAGAUGUCUAUGAACUGGGGUGAUUCACAAACUGACCACCCUCCAAUCUUCCACAGGCUACCCGCUGCUUUUGGUGGUCCAGUGUCUCCAACCAGCGAACCAUUCCUUGGUGAUCUCGGGGUCAUCAUCAAAAACACAAUCUCUGGCGAGGAAUGCAGAGCCCUAAUCAAGGCCGUGGAGGAGCAAGGAUUCCAGGCUGCUGAUGAAUACUGCUUCAGUUAUCGUGAUCGACUAAACGAUAGAUUCAUGUCUGACGACUCUCAGCUAGCCGACAUCUUAUGGAGUAGGGUGGAGCAGUUUGUACCGAAAAAGAUUGACAAUCCAUUCGGAUCUAGAGACCCACGGACUUGGGAGGUGGAGAAAAUGAACAUUCGAUUUCGAUUCUGCAAGUACAUCGGCGGGAAAGGUCACCACUUCGGAGCACACACUGACGGAAUGUAUAGUAUUGAUAAUACUCACACUAGUCUGCUCACUUGUAUGUUUUAUUUGAACGGAGGAGAUGAAUUUAAAGGUGGUACGACAGAUUUCAUUGACCACAAGACGCAUGAGCGCAAGUGUUCUGUUUGUCCUGAGCCCGGACUGUGCCUCAUAUUCAGACAAGCUAACCUGGAUUGCUAUCAUCUUGGCACUGAAGUCACUGAAGGAUUGAAAUAUAUACUGAGAACUGAUAUUAUGUAUCACAGUAAAUCAUAGUGAUUGACUGUGUGCAAUUGCCUGUUUAGUUAGUUUGUUUUGUUUUUAUAUUUUUUAUACACAUGCAUCAAAUUGUAAAAAUUAUUAUUGUAUUCACAAAAAUAAAAACGUUGUUACUAAUUACA